AUGGUUCUUUCAGAAUCGAUCGUUCGCGUCGCUGCCGUCCAAGCUGAACCCGAAUGGCUCGACCUGCAAGCCGGUGUCAAGAAGACGUGUUCCUUGAUCGCUAAAGCCGCAGAAGCCGGCGCUCAGCUCGUGUCCUUCUCGGAAUGCUUCAUCCCGGGCUACCCCGCGUGGAUCUGGACUCGGCCAGUGGACCCGGAGCUCACCGUCAAGUACAUCGAGAACUCGCUCAAGGUCGACUCCCCGGAGAUGCAGACGAUCUGCGCGGCUGCGGCCAAGCACAACAUCAACGUCGUGCUAGGGUUCUCCGAGAACGACCACAACUCGUUGUACAUGGCGCAAGCCACGAUCUCCGGAGCCACCGGCGAGAUCCUCAUGAAGCGCCGCAAGUUCAAGCCUACGCACGUCGAGCGCACGGUCUUCGGAGAAGCGUCGGGGUCCUCGUUGAUGAACGUCGUGGAUCUUCCGAUCGGCAAGGUCGGCGCUCUCAACUGCUGGGAGCACAUCCAGCCACUGCUCAAGUACCACACGUUCCUGCAGCGCGAAGAGAUCCACGUGAGCUCGUGGUCAGCUCUGGACCCGUUCGUGGAUGGAGACGCUGGUCACUGGGGUAUGAGCCGCGAGGGAAGUCACUGCGCUGGACAGCAGUACGCGGUGGAAGGUGGGUGCUUUGUCAUACACACGACCGCUGUCACCUCGCAACGCGGCAUUGACAUCAUGAAGACCCAGGGCGAUCCCAACUACGGCACUCCGGGAGGAGGGUGCUCGGCCAUUUACGGGCCUGACGGUCGUCGGCUGACUAAGUGGCUCUCGGAGACGGAAGAAGGCUUGGUGUUUGCUGAUCUCGACAAGAAGCUGCUCAUCGCUGCGCGCACGCUGGUGGACAGCUGCGGACACUACAGUCGCCCCGAUAUGCUGUGGCUGGGCGCCGAAGCCCGCGAACGCAGACACGUCGACUAUCAGGGCGCGCCGGAACUGAAGAUGGAGAAGCCUGAGAAGUCGGACACUUCGAGCGAAUCGAGCGACGACAAAGCAGGACUGGUUGGUCGGGGGCAGUGA